AUGGACUCGCACGCUCUCUAUGCUCGGGGGAUUGACUCCGGGUCAAGACAGGCUACGGUCUUUGGGGUGGGGAUUGGAUUUAUGGCGUUUAUUACGGUAGUGAUCGCUCUGCGGGUGUAUGCUCGUGCGGUGAUUCUGCGUGCGAUGGGUGCGGAUGAUGUAUUCAUGGUCAUUGGAACGAUUCUGACAUUCGGACUAUCCAUAUCGUCCAUAAUUGCGGCCUACUAUGGAGUUGGCAGACACAUCGACGAUAUUUCAGAAAGUGACUUUACCCCGAUGCUCAAGGCUGUUUGGGCUACUCGCAUUGUCUACAUCGCCGGUCUCCUAUUCGUUCGACUCUCCCUACUAUGGUUCUACCUGCGCCUCGAUCAGCGUCCCCUCAUGCGAUGGUCUGUUUAUACUCUGAUUUUCAUCAACGUCGGUCUCUCGGUCUCCAGUAUUAUCGUCGUUAUCGUCUCGUGCGUCCCUGUUUCGAAAUUCUGGGACCUGGAAGGAACCGCGCCGGGCAAAUGCAUGAAUCCCGACGCACAGCAAAUUUUCUACGAGGCGAAUGGGAUCCUAAAUAUCAUCCUGGACAUUUUCAUUUAUAUAGUCCCGAUGCCGACUCUAUGGAGCGUCAAGAUAUCGAACGUGCACCCAGCGGGCUGCGUACGCUACGACUUUGUCAAAAAGCUCGCCCACAACAAAGACCAGUACUACUACCUCGCCGACUCGCUCAACUGGUGCAGUAUUGAAUGCUACGUCGCAAUAUUCUGCGGCUCCGCCCCGGCCCUCCAAGUGAUCAUUAAGACCUACGCGCCCCGGGUGCUCGGCACCUCUAACGCCCAGAAAUACGACAGCCAAAAGCACACGCCGGGACAGGGAUACUCGAAUCGCAUGAGCACUAUGUACAGGAUGAGUCGGCACCGACGACUCGAGACCGACCGUGGCGGGAGCCAGGACGCGAUUGUCCCUGGCUCGGCACCGGAGAACGGCAUCGUUAUGAAAACGGAUAUUAGGAUGGAGGUUACGGAUCGGGACUCGGAGGAGGGAAAGAGGAUGGAUACAGGGUUUCAUGUGGAUUUUGGUCACUGA